AAUCAUACGUCAUCAUUAGGAGACUCAUGCUGGCGUUCAACAAUGGUGACGCGCUGAGAUUCGGAUUAGAGUACUUUAGUCUGUUUUUACUCUAUAAAAUAUCGACUUCAGCCUUAUAAGGAAUUUAAACCGUGUAUCUGAACACAUAUAACCGGUGUACACCAAAGUCAUUUAGUGAAGUGAUGCGUAACUAGAUCCACGAGCAAACCACCAUGUUCCACAACAGCUCACAGAAGAAAUUCUGGACUUUUAAAAACGAGGAUGAACUGGAGCAGAUGCGUUACAUGGCCAACGAGAAAUUCCGUAGGAAGGCGCUAGAAAGUGGGAAGCCCGGUGUCGGUGACUUCACGUUCUUGGACCGCCACGAGGAGGACGCGUUGUUUCGACACUACGAGAGGAGACUGCUGGACUUCUGCAACGCUUUUAAACCCGCGAUGCCCAAAGCUGUGGUGGGUACAGCCAUCAUGUACUUCAGGAGAUUCUACCUGAACAACUCGAUCAUGGAGCAUCACCCCAGGAUUAUCAUGCUGACGUGUGCAUACCUGUCCUGUAAAGUGGAUGAGUUCAACGUGUCCAGCACCCAGUUCGUGGGAAACCUUCUGCAGGAGAGUCCGGCAGGACAGGAAAGGGUCGUGGAGCAAAUCCUAGAGUAUGAGCUGCUUCUUAUCCAGCAGCUCAAUUUUCACCUGGUGGUCCACAAUCCCUACAGACCUAUGGAGGGUCUGCUCAUUGACCUCAAGACUCGAUACCCGACGCUGGAGAACCCGGAGUCGCUGAGGAAGAGCGCCGAUGAUUUCCUUACCCAAGCAGCCAUGACGGAUGCAGGACUUCUGUUUUCUCCGUCCCAGAUUGCUCUGACAGCCAUUCUGAACAGUGCUUCCAGAGCUGGCCUCAAGAUGGAAAGCUACCUGACUGAAUGCUUGGGCCUUAAAGAGGACAAAGAAACUCUUAUGAAGAUGUAUGACUCCAUGAAACGGAUGAAAACCCUCCUGAAGAAGUAUGAACUUCCCAAACAGGAGGAGGUGAAUGCUUACAAACACAAGCUGGAGAGGAUUCACGCUGAAUUUGCUACUUCAAGCAACAAACGAAAAAGAGGAUAUGAAGAAGAUGGCCAUGUUGCCAAAGAACCUCGUUUGACCGAAGAGGACUGGACUGAUGAAGACCUCCUGUGAGAUUGAGUUGUGGAAUGAAACUUAAAAGUUUCUGCUUGACUCCAGUAUUUUAUGUGAAAAAAUCUAAAUGUGGCAAAAUUAAGUGCACAUUUCGGUUGCGUUUUCUGAGAAAUAAAGAUAUUUUUCUACUAGUUGUUUUUUUAUCCUAAAAGUGCCACAUAAGACAGAGUAAAAGCGUCUGGACCUUUGUAAGGGCACAAUAAACAACUCAAUAAUCUACUUUACAAAAAAACAGUUUAAUAAGUGCAUGCAUGUCUGUUAUACAGUCUGUACUAUU